UGUGGUUAACAAUUUGACACAUACUUAAAGUCUCGGACGUUUUGAACUUUUGACAGUUGACUUGUCAAGUUUGGUGUUCAACGUGAACAAAUCGAAUAUUUCGUCAUUUUAUUAAUUCAUUUAUCAGUGUUAAACAAAGAUAUAAAAACCCAACAAAGAGAUGCCGUUGUCGUGCAGGUUUUACCAGGAGAAAUACCCUGAAGUUGAGGAUGUGGUCAUGGUUAACGUGAGAUCUAUCGCAGAGAUGGGGGCCUAUGUCCACUUGUUGGAGUAUAACAAUAUCGAGGGCAUGAUUCUGCUAUCUGAGUUGUCGAGGAGACGUAUUCGGUCAAUUAAUAAAUUGAUCAGAGUGGGGAAAACUGAGCCUGUUGUGGUUAUUAGAGUGGAUAAAGAAAAGGGUUACAUAGAUUUGUCAAAACGUCGUGUCUCAGCAGAAGACAUAGAUAAGUGUACAGAGAGGUACGCUAAAGCCAAAGCAGUGAACUCUAUUCUGCGACAUGUUGCCGAGCUGCUGCGCUACCAGAGCUCGGAGCAACUGGAGGAGCUGUACAAGCAGACUGCAUGGCGGUUUGAGGAGAAGUACAAGAAAGCAUCCGCUUAUGACUACUUUAAACAGGCUGCUGUGGACCCAUCAGUCCUGAACGAAUGUGGUCUGGAUGAGAAAACAAAGGAAGUACUCCUUGCCAAUAUCAAGAGGAAGCUUACAUCGCAAGCUGUCAAAAUUCGUGCUGACAUUGAAUGUGCUUGCUACGGCUAUGAAGGCAUUGACGCCGUCAAAGCAGCUCUCAAGGCUGGCCUUGCACUGUCGACUAUGGAAAUGCCCAUUAAGAUCAACUUGAUUGCCCCACCUCUGUAUGUAAUGACAACGUCAACACCUGAAAAAACAGAUGGGCUCAAAGCACUUCAAGAUGCCAUUGACAAAAUAGAGGAGACCAUCACUACGGCUGGGGGAGUGUUCAAUGUGCAAAUGGCGCCUAAAGUGGUGACGGCGACGGACGAGGCCGAGCUGGCGCGGCAGAUGGAGCGCGCCGAGGCCGAGAAUGCUGAAGUCGCUGGAGACUCGGCCGACGAGGACGAAGACCAAGGAAUGGGUGACGCUGGCAUGGACGAUGAACCGCAACAGAACGGGGCCUCAGACGAAGAAGACGACAACUAAACACCUGCCCUUGCUCUACUCAUAUUAUGUAUACCUUCCUCUUAAAUAUAUAUUAUACACGUUUUAUACAUA